UCCUUCAAGAAGCGGAGCAGCCUGCCGCCGCCUACCGCUGCUCAAACGUGGAGGGAAGGGGAACACAGGACGACGGCCGUCGCUGACUGCGCGGCUCUAUUGUUAGUCCACUGAAAUUUACGGCUCUGUCGACAUAUUCAGUGCAAUUUGCUCGUUUUCACAGCCGAGAGGGAGGGACUGUUUGUUUCUCUGGGAGACUUCAAGAAAGAGCCUCGGCGUUUGAAAGGACGUUGAAGUGUGAGAGCAACCAGGCGGUUCUGAGUGUGAGCGUCUGAAUUUGGUUAGCAGCAGCACCAACACCAGCAUCCAUACCAUAGGAGGGGAUGAAACCGGAUGGGGUUACCAUGGAAACCAUGGAGCCCACUGAAGCUGCAGCAGGAGCAGAGCCCUCCUUAUCACAGGGAGCAGCCACGCAGGAGGAAGUGACAGAACAAGCUCAGUCCGCAUCACAACCUGAUAAAGCAGCAUGUACCACAGUGCCCCCUGCUGCUCAGGAGGCCAAUGACAAGCCAGCAGCAGCAGACUCCAAAGCCAAGCCACAGGCUGUUGCGCCUAAAGUUAAACUUGCUGCCAAGACAGCAGGAGAUUCUGGGUCCAAAUCACGGCCAGGCUCUGCCCCAAACCGCACAGUGAAUGGGGUCAAACCCACAAACAGCGUCCCACCAAGGACGACUACAGCAAAGAAAACCACCACCACCACAACAGGAGCAUCAGCAACCGGGGCGGUACCAAAAAGGCCAGUGGGUGUAUCAGUGGCUUCCUCCACAGUUAGGACCCAAACUAAGGUGCCUGAAAAGAAGCCUGUUGGACCUGUCAAGGCUACCUCUGCUGCUGCCGCGGUAACCAACGGUACCAAACCAACAACAGCGAAUGGCACGCCUAAGAGACCAGCUACUGGGCCUGUUAAUGGAGCCAGACCUAAAACCACAGCUCCUGCCAGCAGACCAGCUGCGUCCACUGCCACAAAACCCAGCAAUUCUACUGCAGCAAGACCUGAUAGAACAGCUGUUUCCAAGACGUCCAGGCCUGCAACUUCCACGGCAUCUCGAUUUGCAUCCACCACGUCCAGGCCCACCACUGCUGGUGCUGGGACCACUGCAGCUACAGCCAAGCCUCCCACCACUGGAACUGCCAAAGCUGCUGCCGCCAGAGUCACCACAGCGCCCUCUGCUGGCAGAACCACAGCAGUGCAGCCUCCCAAAAAUAAUGCUGUUGCUAAGAAAGAUGUCAGCAGACCUGCUUCUGCCACCACAGCUAAGAAGCCUACAACAGCUACAACAUCUGCUGCUACCAAAAAACCUGAACCUUCAAAAACCACAGCCACCUUAAAACCCGACGCUGCCUCUAAACGGCCUAUUCCCACAAAGGCGGCAGAUCCCAAAAUGUCACGACCCAAAACACAAGAACCCCCAAAACCCACUCCCACAAAGAAAGCUGCACCACCCACUGCACGGCUCACUGCUCUUAACAAACCUCCCCUGGGCCGGAAUCCGCCUGCAUCACCAGCCAGCAAACCUGCGGCUAGCAGCACCGCCCAGACAAAACGUGGGCCCAAACCCACCCAGGCUGUCCAACCCUUCACUGCCACCAAGAAGACAGGGGCUCCAAAUUCUGCCACAGCUGCAGAGAGGCCGAGUGCUGCUGCCAUAGCAACAACUGCCACUGCAGUAGUCGCUGCCACCACAGCAGUUGCUGCAGCAGCGGCCAUUCUUGCUGAGCAAACAGAGGCGCCAGCAGAAACACAAGCAGAGGCUGUACUGGUUUCACCAGAAGCAACACUCCACCCUGCAGAGGAGGCCCCCUCCCCAGCUUUGGCCCAGGACACUCCAGCAGAGAUGGUACUUCAGGAGGCUGUUCAGGGCGAUGUUACUGCUCCCUCCCCUCCACAAAGUCCGGUCAGGACAGCCGUCCCACCCACAUGUCCAGACCAGGACUUAGUAGAAAGCAUUACUCCUGCAUUAACAGCUCAGGAGCAGAUAUCUGCUCCAGCUGAGGCUGCCCUCCCAACAAUGCCCUCUCCUCCUGCACUAUCAGAGGAUCAUGUUCUCCUGGCACUAGACCAAAACCCCUCCACAUCUAAAGCCCCUCCAUUGACAGUCAGUGCCACACUUCAGGUGGUCUCCUCCUCCAAUCUCAGUGAGGAAGAUGAUGAAGAAGAGAGGGAGGGUAGCCAGCAAGUUUCUGUGUCAGAAAUGAGUGGGACAACUCAGCCCACCGAGGAGUCUCGUCCUGGGUCAGCUGGACCUUUGGGUGGGUCUGCUUGGAGGGUCGGUGGGGCUCUGCUUUCUGAGCUUGACUCUGAGGAGGUUAGCGGCAGUCAGCAAGGAGCAUCGGAGCUGAGUGCCCCCGGUGUCCUGGAGGGCACUGAGAGCAUGGAUGAUCUGGGAGACGCCAGUCUCAAAGGAGCCAUCGACAUGGAAGGAGCCUCUGCAGGCUCACCUGACUUUGAAAAGGUUCCUGAUAUACCAGUCAAUGAUUUUGAGGAGGAUGAAGAUGAUGAUGAAGAUGAUGAAGACCGGGUUUGUGACAUGGAUGUCGGCUCAGAGCGGGCAGAUGACCUGCAAAGGCCCAGACAUGACAAUGAGGUAGAUGAUGAGGAGGAGGAUGAAGAUGUAGAGAUGGCCAGUGAGGGAGUGACUGAGAGCGGGCUGGAAAGCUAUGGGAACGCAGAUGAAGAUGAUUUUGCCGAGGAUGAAAGGUUGGAUAACCUGAACCGUGUAGCCCAGCCUCCACCUCCGCCUCCUCUGCUGCCCUCUGCUCCAGCUGCUCAGUGGGACCAACCCAAUCCUUUCGCUGAUCCAUGGGCGCAGCCUAUUCAGCUCCUGCAGCCACAGCCACCUUUUGAGCACAUCUCCCAACCUUUACAGGCAGCUGCAGCUAGCCCUUCCACAGAUCCCUGGCAAGCAGAUUCAGAGACCCCUACCCAGUCCCCAGCCCAGGCUUGGUUAGAACUAGGCUCUGCGCCCUAUAUCCCCCAAAACCAAGACAUUUCCCAUCACUCCUCAGGCCAGGCUGAGCCACAGAAACCAGAGGCUCAAACUUACAUGGACCAGUCCAACUCAACUCCUAUGCAGACUCUGGCCCCAGCUCCCCUCUCUGCCCCAGGAAUGUCCCUAUCCAGCACCUUGAGCAGUGAGACUAGUACACCUGAGGAGCUCUGCGAAUACAACCGGGAGGGGAAGCUCCAGCUCCCCAGCCAGGGUAGCCAAGCCCCAAUGCUCUCUCUCCAGCCUGACCCCGAGGACCAGGACCUUGGCAUCCACUUGGAGAGAGGGGAUAGAGAGGGAGAAGAGGAGGGCGAAGCGGAGACCCUGCCUGCUGAUGAAGUCCUUGGAGGCCCUGCAACAGCGCCCACCUCCAACCCCUCAUCAUCCUCAACAACAGAGGAUGAGGCUAGCGACACGGAGGGAGAAGCUCAGUUGGACGAUCCCCUGGAUGGCCAAGGGAUCAAUAACAUAACCUUUGACGGUCAGCCUUCAACGCAGCGCUCCCUGUCUGCCGUGGACGAAGGAGAGGAGGAGGGUGGUGUUGGAGGAGACGCCACUCCACCUUCAGCAAACUCGGCGGCCUCAUACGGCUUUGACACCAUGACCACAGCCUCAAAUUCCAAUGCCCAGUCCACAGGUGAGAGCUGCACCAAGAGUCCUGGCAUCUUUUCCCUGGAGGAGCUGCCAGAAGAGGCCAAGGAGCCCUGCAUCAUCAUGGAGCCUCCAGCCCAGCCGUGCCCGACAGAGCAGCACUACAUGCAGUGCGGGAAGCAGGAAGCGGACACGGCUGAGGAUGCGGGAGUGGAAUUGUCGGGGUCAGAAGAAGCCUCCGCUCCAUCUUUGUUACAUCUGCAGCAACCAGAGGGUGACCCCGAUGACUCCCAGCCUCCCUACUACUCCGCUAUCUGUGAAAAGACUGAGAACUCUUUCGCAGGUAACGUAUAGCUCCUCUCCCUCAUAGCCUAGGUAAUGUCCUCUGCCUCCCUCUUGCCCCAUCCAAAACAAUGUCACUUGUGUAGUUCUUGUUGUCGAUGUUUGUCCUGAAAAUAUCUGGGGUGGAUGUAAUCAAAGUUAAACUAAAACACAGAGAGCAAAAAGAAAGGGAAGAAAUAAAAAGAAGACAGCAGUGCCACUUCCCUCUGAUAUAAUAUUUCCAUUAUGAUUAUAUGGCUUAAACUCCUGUAUGUGCAAUAGCUACUACUAUUUACUCUUACAGUGUGUGAGCGCCUGUGUUAUUGGUUUCUAUUUUAAUUAACACUGCAUUAUCUGGUCACCCUGAACUGGCAUGGAUUUGACUCGUCUGUUUACAGUCCAGCUCUUACCGAGAAAUAGUAAAUUAACCAUAACCAAUGAAAUGUGGGUUGAACUGUUUAACAAUUUUCCAUGUAUAUUUAUCCAGUACUUUUUACUGAACUUAAAAUGAGUUUGGUUGUACUUUAAAUUUUUUGACUUUGCUCUCCUACCUUUAAGAUACAGGCAUCUUUACCCCUCCUUACACCCAUCACGCCUCCUCUCUUCUUGCACUUUAAAGUUAGAUUGUACCCUCUUUCUCUUAUGUUUGUUCAUCUUUUGGAGUAAUGAACCUUAAAGCUUUAAAUAAAGAUUAGAUUUUUACCAUGAA